AUGGACGAUAUGCAGCCUAAAACCCAACCCCGGCCACACUCCAGGCGCGUGCCGGGACAGAAUAUGGUCUUUCGAAUCCCCAACUACAAAUCAAAGAAUUCCCUAGCGUGUGGGUCCGAGCCGUCUGAACAGGUCUAUCAUUCCCGUCGGUCUCAUCGGAAAUCCCGCGCCGGCUGUGUGACCUGCAAGCAACGAAGGAUCAAGUGCGAUGAAGCAAAACCGCAUUGUGUUCGAUGCAAAAAACAUGGUAUCGAGUGUGACUACUCGAGCCAGCCAGCUCGAUCUCAAAAGACCAACCCUGAGUUGAUGUCGAUUGAUUCUCAAGCUUCUUCAAUGUCUCUAAUGAUGGUCACGGACAAGCUGAAAGAAUUGCUUCAACCACCCCCUGCUACCGGUACCAAGCUGCCGAGAUUACUCACAGAUGCCACAGCAUCAGCCCGCACUAUCGAAGCAUUGCAUCAUUUCCAUAAAGGCCCAGCCUUCGCAACCGAAAUUCAAACACCUCUUCGAAUAGUAAUGGGCAAAGUCGUUGAACUUGCCUUUGAAACCCCCUUCCUCAUGCACGCCAUAAUAGCAGCCGCAACAACCCACCUCUGCACCCUCCUCCCAGAAAGCAAAGACUACCGCCUAGCAGAAGCCUACCACUGGCAACAAACAAUAAACCAAUACUCAACCGAAGUCUCCAAACCCAUAACCCGCCAGAACAUGGACAAGCUCUACUCCACCUGCAUGAUGAUAAGCAUGCACUCCUUCCUCCAAGAAACCUUCAACCCGCGCACCUCCUUCGUCUUUACCACAGACCCAACAUCCCUAACCUGGCUCCGCCUCCAAGCCGGCCUGCGCUACCUCCUCGAGCGCACGCUCCCCUGGCUACCGCAGAGCAUGUGGUGGACAGUAUUCAUGGAGUCGCGGGAUCCAUCCCUAGACUUCGAAGAUAAGCGUCCUGGUCGUGUGGGUCUUGAUCCGGAUUUGGCGGAUCUGUGUGGGAUCACGGAUGAGACGACUGUUGAGUCGAAUGCGUGUUUAUAA